GUAUCAAUUGCUUGUUCUCGCAAACAGACAUAACAUACAGCAUUGUCUCUCUGGCACGGUACAGGAUGGCCGUCCCCUUCAAGGCGAGCAUAUCGCAGACUGCAACCCACAUCCUCAAAUCCGUCCUCACCCCUCCCCUCUCAUACCACCUCCGCACAUUCUGGCUCUUCUCAUACAGCGAUUUCAAGACAAUCAUCAUCCCCAGCACCAUCUUCGGCAUAACGAACGGCCUCGCCGCCUCCUCAUACAACCUGCAACCCCUGAUCCAACUUCCCACCUCGCUCUUCAUCCUCCUUCGAACCCCCAUCGUACUCUUCUGGGUCUGGCUCAACUAUAUAGCCUUCGCAAUCAACAACCAAUCAUCUGAUUCCUCCAUUGCCGAAGACGCAGUCAACAAGCCAUGGCGCCCCUUACCUAGCAAGCGCCUCACACAAACAGCCGCGAAGGGACUCAUGUGGGCAUGCUAUACCCUCGCGCUUCUGGGUAGCCGCUUCAUGCUCGGUGGCGCGAGCCAGGCGCUCGGACUCGUUGUAUUGGGCGCAUGGUACAACAACUUUGACGGCGCAAAUGCGGAUCCGCUGAUUCGGAACCUGAUUAAUGCAGGGGGCUAUGUGUGCUUUACUUCAGGCGCGCUCGAGGUUGCGAUUGGGGGCGCGAGAAGUGCAGAGGGUGGGGCGGGUUGUCUGGGUUUGUGGCUUAUGGUUGUUGCGGGGGUUAUUGCGACGACAAUUCAGACGGCGGAUAUGUACGACCAGGAAGGCGAUGCAUUGAGGGGGCGGAAGACGAUGCCGUUGGUAGUUGGUGAUUGGUAUGCGCGAUGGACGAUUGCAGUGCCAAUGGGUGUCUGGGGGUUUGUGUGUCCGAUGUUUUGGGGGGUGGGUUGGUUUGGUGUGUGCAUGAGUGGUUCGUUGGCUUGGUCUGUGGCGCUGAGGACGUUGCUACUGAGGAAUGUGAGGGAUGAUAAGGUGACGUUUUUGAUUUGGAACGUCUGGAUGUCGGUUGUUUUCGUGUUGCCCCUAUUUGCUUAUUAGAUUUGACUUCGGUUUAGAUUAUUAUAGAAGUGCUAGAAUAUAGAGCGAGCCUUUUCAUUGUCGCCUCAA